UAGCCCCCUCAGUUCCCUCCGCGCGGCUUCUCGUCUGUUUCCGCCCAGCUCCUUUGUGCCGCGCAGAACGUCGAGAUGACGCAUGCGCAACGGAACCCAGCCGCCGCAUAUAUAAGUGCGAACCCAGGCGCUUCCUCGUAGUGCCGCCGGGAUCGUUGGCGACGCUGGGUGUGUUGCAGCUUUUGUAUUACUCGUUCUGUGGGCACUGCGAGCUAAAGGAGCAGAGCUUGCGGGCCAGUCAUCAUGUCGCGCUACGGGCGGUACGGAGGAGAAACCAAGGUGUAUGUUGGUAACCUGGGAACUGGUGCUGGCAAAGGAGAGUUAGAAAGGGCUUUCAGUUAUUAUGGUCCCUUAAGAACUGUGUGGAUUGCCAGAAAUCCUCCAGGAUUUGCCUUUGUGGAAUUUGAAGAUCCUAGAGAUGCAGAAGAUGCAGUGCGAGGCCUGGAUGGCAAAGUGAUUUGUGGUUCUCGAGUGAGAGUUGAACUAUCAACAGGCAUGCCUCGGAGAUCUCGUUUUGAUAGACCACCUGCCCGACGUCCCUUUGAUCCCAAUGAUAGAUGCUAUGAGUGUGGCGAAAAGGGACAUUAUGCUUAUGAUUGUCAUCGCUAUAGCCGGCGGAGAAGAAGCAGGUCACGGUCUAGAUCACAUUCGAGAUCCAGGGGUAGGCGAUACUCUCGCUCACGCAGCAGGAGCAGGGGAAGGAGGUCAAGAUCAGCCUCUCCUCGGCGAUCAAGAUCUGUGUCUCUUCGUAGAUCAAGAUCAGCUUCACUCAGACGAUCUAGGUCUGGUUCUAUAAAAGGAUCGAGAUCCCGGUCCAGGUCGAGAUCAAGAUCCAGGUCUCUUUCACGACCAAGAAGCAGCCGAUCAAAGUCCAGAUCGCCAUCUCCCAAAAGAAGUCGUUCCCCAUCAGGAAGUCCAAGAAGAAGUGCAAGUCCUGAAAGAGUGGACUAAAGUUUUUAAGUUCACCUUUUAGGGAAAAGUUAUUUUGUUUACAUUAUUAUAAGGGAUUUGUGAUGUCUGUAAAGUGUAACCUAGGGAAGGGUAUUUCAACCGUCUAAUCAAAAUGGAUCUGGACUAUUACUCUGUAAAUUCACAGCAGUAAGAUAAUAUAAAUUUUUGUUGAAUGUAUUAACAUCCUAUGGUCUGAAAAUGUGGGUUUUUAUUUGGCACAUUUAAAUAAAAUGUUUCUAACUAGA